GACAAUGGUUUUGUCUGCUCCAGUUAUAGCCCUGGGGGCUACCUUAGGGACUGCAACUAGCAUCCUUGCCCUCUGCGGCCUCACCUGCUUCUGCAAAUGCAAGCAACCUGGGAAAGGACUCUCAGAAAAGGACCAAGAGGAUGAGACGGAAAAUACUAAGCCCAGUGUGCUUCAGCCAGUCCAGCAAUUCAACAUUAAGAAAACUGCAGAGCCAGUCCAGCCUCGAGCACUUCUGAAGUUUCCCAACAUUUAUGGCCCCAAACCAGAAGUAACUUCACCUGAAAUUGUUAACUACACGCAGUACUCUCUGAAGACAACAGAAGAACCAGCUCCUGGGAAACAUACUGCUUUGGAUGAGAAUAGGAUGAAGAUACAAGUCAAUGAAGAGCUGUUUGUUCUCCCUCAAAACGGUGUGGUGAAGGACGUGUGUGUCACGGAGCCCCUGAGGCCCGAGCGGGCAGGUGGCGGGCAGCAGGCCCCGGAGCUGCACUACUCCCUGCUCUACGAGCCGCAGCGCGCACAGCUGCGCGUGGCCCUCCUCCAAGCUAUGCAUGACGGAAUGAGCGGGGACCAAGACACUGGCUGCCAUUGCUACAUACUGGGCACCCUGGAGAGCAAGUCUGGCAUUGCUGAGGCCCAGACAGAGCUGAAGAAGAAGGUACUUCACACCCUUUGGGAGGAGGUGCUGCAAUUCCCAUUAACAGAGGAGGAGAUGCCAGGAGGAACACUGACUCUCACCCUGAGGAACUGUGACAAGUUCUCCAGGCACAGCAUUGUGGGGGAACUGAAACUGAACCUUGCUGAAAUGGAGGAAUCCUUUGGGAAGGCCCAGUGGGAAAGGCUAAAGAGCCCAGAGAAGGAGCCAUCCACGGGCCAUGGGGAAGUUCUGCUCUCUAUCAGCUACUUGCCAGCAGCUAAUCGCCUGCUGGUGGUGAUUAUUAAGGCUAAAAACCUCCAUUCCAAGCAGCUGAAAGAUCUCCUCGGAAGUGACGUUUCUGUCAAGGUGACACUGAGGCAUCAGUCACUGAAGUUGAAGAAGAAGCAGACCAAACGUGCAAAACACAAGAUCAACCCUGUGUGGAACGAGAUGAUCAUGUUUGAGGUGCCUCAUGAGCUCUUGCGUGCCUCCAGUGUGGAGCUGGAAAUGCUGAGCCAGGAUGGAGCUGGCCAGAGCCAUGUGCUUGGCAAGUGCGGUCUGGGCUUACACGUCACAGGCACAGAGAGGAACCACUGGGAAGAAAUGCUGAGGAACCCCAGGAAACAGAUAGCCAUGUGGCACCAGCUCCACAUGUAGACUCAUCAUGAUUACUGACAACAAGAUUCCCACCAGGCCUCAGAGCCUGGGGGAAUAAGCUGGAUUUCAUCUUCCACCUUCACCUCCAUGAAAUUGCUCAGCACAGCACUCUUACUACACCACCCUUCUCUGAUCUUCCUGACCAUUCUAGCCCAGGAAACUGUCUGGAAAAUGUAUUUAAAGGACAGUCUCUCACCUAAUCAAGUGGUUGUCUCAAACAACGGGUUGCCUGCCUGGAUGAUUUGAAUUCAUUUUAUUUACCUGCCCACUGUCUCUUCUGAGAGGUCACUGUUUCUGUAGAGAAACAGAGGGAAGGAAAGAAGAGCAAAGUUAUCAUGGAAAUGUGAGCCCUUCAUUGGCAUCUAGUGCUGUCACCUAAGUCCCUUGAUGAGUGUUGGCUCCAUAAUCACCAACACACAACUGUUUUAUCAAUCACUGCUUUUCAUAAUGCUCCACAAGACUGAGAAAUGAAGAUCAGAGAACUGACUGUCAUGGCAGGCACAAAGAAUGAGUAUGAAAAAGACAGUGAAGCCAAAGUGCAGUAAAUGGAUACCUAGAAAAAUACACAGAAUGAAGGGAGAGAACAGAAGAAGAAGAAAGGGGGAGACAGUCAACACCCUCAUCCUGUGUAGCCUUUGAAGCAAACACUGCCGAGCAAGAAGUCAAAUACCUUCCUUUACUUUUGUUUCCUGGAGAGUUUAAUACCUUGUAUUUAAGAUUCAUGAAAACUGCUGAAAAUAUGAAUGUUUCAGGAUCCUUUAUCAGAAUACCUGCAGCAUUUAUCUUUCUAUGAUGUCAUCCAGGAAGAUCCUAAAUAUGGACAAAAAGUUACUGUUGAUGUUACCUCCUAAAACUUGGACCAAAUCUUUCUGUUUACUGCCACAUUUUCUGUUUGGGUUUAUCCCAAAUUUCAAAUAUGCUAUUUAUAUUCCAGGCAACAUCUAAAAUUAGGCAGAAGAAGUGGGAUCAUUACAUACCUUAGCAGCUGAUAGAUGGUUUUGGUUUGACAGUUAACUAUUGCACUCAAAUCCUCCUAUCAGCAUUACUCAAGGACAACCCUUAUUAACUGCCAUGUAUUUCAUUACUUCCAGACAGAAGGAAAUCACCAACCAGACAGACUCUCCAGGGCUUGUUUUUUGUGUGCACUUUCAAGAUUUGAUGCGGCUUAAAUGUUACUUAUGACUGUCCUUUUUUUUGUGUUUCUAGAUGGACUGAAAGUCUGGCAUUGGCAGUGAUAAUGUCAUGACCCUAUAAGCACACUGCUAGUCUUACUACUUUUUUUCAAGAAGUAGACACAACUUUAAGGGAUUUCCAUGGGGACAAGGCAUCCAAAAAUCUGGAAACCGAACCAUAUAAUUCGUAGUCCUGAAAAUCUCAGAGAGCUUCAUAUUUGCAGGGUCAGAUUGCUCCUUGUUUAAAUCAAAAUGUUAAGCUAACCUUUAAGUAGUAAAAUAUUAAGCUAACCUUUAAGUAGAUACUACUUUAAGUAGUAUCCGUCCUAUUCUGAUGGUGCAGUCUAACAAGUCUAGCAGCUUGUCAAGGGAAGGCUACCAUCCUGUUGGCAAAGAGAAAACAACAGAACCAGUGUCUGAAAACUGGCUGAAGACCAGGCACAGUGGGUUAUGAACUGGGAAAUGAAGUUCACUGGAAGUCAGUAAUUAGUGGUGACUGGGGCUGGUCGAGAGACUGACAGAGUUUACCACCUUCAUAAAUGACCUAGACAAUGGUGCAGAGCAUGGCCUUGGCAGGUUUGUACGUGAUGCAAAACUUGGAGUAGUGAUUGAUACACAAGGCAGUUUUGCUGACAUUCAGAGGGAUGCUGAGAGAAAUGCUGGAGAAAUGCUGGGCUAACAGGAACCUCCUGAAAUUCAACAAGGAGAAGUGGCACCUGAGGAAGAACAACCUUGCAGUGCGGGGGUGAAGGCUGACAAUCUGUAAAGGAGCUUUCCAGAAAAGGACCUGGGUGUCCUGGUGGACACCGAGUUGAACAUGAGCCAGCAUUGUGGUCUUGCAGCAGAGAAGGACAACAGCGCCUUGUGCUGCAUUAAGCAAUGCCAGCAGGUCAAAGGAGGGUGAGCACCACUGAGGGCACUUCUGGAAUGCUGUGUCUGUUGCUGGACUCCCCAGGGCAAGAAAGAUACAGACAUUCUGGGAAGAGUGCAGCAAAUGGCCAUGAAGAUGUUUAAGAGACUGGAGCAUCUUCUAUAAGAGAAGAGUCUGAGAGAGCUGGAACUGUUUAGAUCAAUGUGUACAGAUACCUGACCUUGGAGAGGACAAAAGAAGAUGGAGAGAGAUUCUUUUCACUGGUGUCCAGAGACAGCACAAGAGUCAAGGUGACAAGUUGCAAUGUAGGUAAUUCCAUUUGAACACAUGAAAAAUAGCAAGAAUAAACCUGCUUUUUUACUGUGAGUAUAAUCAAAUACUGGAACAAGAAGAGGUUGUUGGGGGUCCCCAUGCUUGGAGACAGUGAAAAUUUGAUGAGAUACAGCGUGAACGACCUGCUCUAGUUUAUCCCACUUUGAGCAGGGGUGAGUUUGGACUAUAUGAUCUCCAAAGGCCCUUUAUAUCCUCAGCAAUGCUAUGAUUCUAUGAAGAAACUGACAAGGUUGAUGCACACUGAAAACUGUUGUCUUUACACUACUAUUUCUUUUGUGGGUGGUGUAGCCAGGAGUUACAGGAUCAUUUUGAAGAGAGCAAUAAAAUCUUCUUUGAGCAACCAGACAGACUGAAAAGCUAAGUAUGCCCAUGAAUCUUGCACCCAAUAUUUUAAUCUCUGAUAUUAAUCUGUUGGCUAGAGGGCAUGCAAAUGAAAAGAAAAUUGGUUUCUUGUUUUGCUCUUCUUGUAUAGGGUUUUGUUUACUAACAAAAAGCUGUAGGAUACUGUGAGUAAACUGGACACAGGGGUCUAGUUGAUAGUGAAUUCUUAAUGCUUACUAUGAUCCUGAUUUGCCUGUAGAUGUACCUAUAGGUAUGGAGUAAUCAUUUCCAUAUAAGUGCAGAAAUUAUUGGAAUGUUGGCCUAAUUCACAUAUAGGUUCCAGGCAGCACUGUGAUUUUUUGAGGGCUAAUGGUAAGAAGGAUAACUUCACAUAAUGAUGCUAUUUGGCUGGCAAUGGAAAGCCUGAAGGGCCAAAUAUUUGCCUUGCUGCCAACUCCUCUAGUUCUGCAUUCUGCUUGUUUCACUGAGCCUUUUAUAACAUCUUGAUGACUGAUUGUAAACAGCAUUAUCUGCCUGUGCCCUGGUGAUUCUGGCACACCCUGUAAUAGAUAUCAAUCAAUCCUAUGGCAUUUAAAAGAAUAGCUCCUCAGAAUCUGACUAGCUGUGGUAAAACAAUGUCCUCUUUUACAGCAGACAAAUACUGUGUAUACACACUGCUUAACUACGAAUCUGUCUUAGGAGCCAAGUGGUGCCAUCAGUGUUAAUGAACGGCAUUGUUUCCUCCUUUGCUGCAGUGGGAUUUAAUGGGAAAGAGAGAAGGAGUGAAAAUGCAUACAUCUGCCCCGGACGGAUCAUUCUUCUUGUCUGGCAUUUUAGCCUGCAAAGAAUGCUCCUAGCCAUCAGCACAGCCCGAACAAAGGCUGCCAGGAGUCCCUGGGAAGAGGCGGCCGCUGGCCGGGGGCUGACAGCGGGCACGUAACGGGAUGAGGAAUGCUGUGUACGUGUGGUACCCGAGGGGCAGGGGCGCCCAGCCCGGCCUUUUGAACUCUGCUAACAGGGGCUGUGUGUCACCCAUCGCAUUCCAGCGUCUGCCCGGGCGCUGCCCUCAUCCCUCCGAACAGCCUGAGCAGCAGUACCUGGCUGUCCCUGAGCCUCAGCACCCCAAGGGCCGAGGUGCUGAACUGUCCCAGCGGACAAAUGGCUGGGAAUGGUUGUGGUAGCUGAUAAAGUCAUGAAGAUAAAUCCGAAGUAUUUGGAAAUGCCAUUGUAUCAAGCAGCUUCAGCAACUUGAGCUGUCAAAGUAUCGCUGAAGUGCAAUAAGGACAGAGCCAAACAGACCCUCUGUUUUCAGCUCCUGAAGCUGAAAAUGCAGGAGCAUCAGCAAGCACCACUGUGUAUUAAAUUAAAGGAUGCUGCUUAUAAAUUGUGUCAUAAGAGAAGAAGCAAAAAAAACCCCAGUUAUGGCAAUUAAUGUUCCUAAGACAUAUGUGUGACCAAAAGCAGCCACAAGAGUCCCCAGUGGCUAGUUAGUGGCUGGACUGAUUAUUUUGCCUGUUAUAAGCAUUAACAUGAAGAGGCUGGAAGCCAAGAGACCGUAGGGAAUAGGGAAGGAGAAAAAAAAAAAAAAAAACAAACAAAAAACCAUGGUGCGAGGCAGUCUACCUGGUCAGAAUGAAUGAUCCUUCUCACUAAAGGUCAGAAUUGCGAGUUUAAGGACAGGGAUUCACAGUCCCUCAUCCAGUGACAAAGCACAGACAACCAGAUUACUGUAAAAAAGCCUGAGAAAUGCAGCUCCCAGUAUAUUACCCAGCUUUGCCUGGGAAAGGUGGCCUCCUGAGGUGGCCUCUGCUCAGAGGAGAGGGCUAAGAGGCCAGAGGAAAUGACUUGUGACUACUUUGAGUUCCUUUGUGAAAAUAUAGAUUGUAGCCAUCUGUUGCUUUGCCUCAACCUGCCCUCAGAGCUAGAUCUUCCUCCCCAAAAAUGAUCUAGUUUGAUUUUAAGCAAUUUGUCCUACAGUAGAAGGAUUAAUAAGCACAAAUCAUCAAUAAUAACUAAAAUAUCUGGGAUGUUUUAGACUCAUUACUACCCUCAGCACCCUUCCCCAGUUUUAAGGGGAGUGGUUACAGCUGAUACCCUGUAAGGGUAAUAUUUUUUCAGUGCAAGGUUUUCCCCUCAGUUGUUGUCCCAAAUAUCCUUGCAUGCUAAUAAGAAACAUGUUUGCUUUGCAAGGAGGUAAUACAUCAGAAUGUAAUGGAAAAUUCCUUUCAGCAGGACUGGGAAAAUUUUCAGGCUCAAUUAUUCUCCCAGGUACAGAUGGGCUUUCAAUACAUUGAAUGGCUGUACCUUGUAUUUUGCUAGCAUCUGUCUUCAGUAUUAUCUGGCAGUAGCAUUCAAAACCAAUCUUUUUUUCCCCCCAAAAUGAAGUAGGUUGUCAUUUGGGCCCUAGAAUUACAGCCCAAGGUUUGCCCAAAUUUUCCUAAUGUCUAAGACAACUUGACUACAAUGAGAUUUAAUAAGAACUGGAAGCUAAAGUGGCUUGGACCAUGCCUCUUGAACUCUUAUGAAGGUCAGUUUGAAGUCUGAUUGAAUUAAGGGACAGAGCUUUGACAGCAUUUUUAUGUGUUUCAGAAUUUAACUAGGUAUUAAAAUGUAUUUGGUUAAUUUGUUGAAAGAUAAGCAUGAUGAGUAAAUAGUAACACUCAACACAUCAUAUUAUUUCUUCUGUUUUCAAUAUGCACAAGAAAAGUAGCAAAGUGAAAUAGUGAUUUGUAGCCUUCCAGCAUGAGGGGGCUUUUCUGCUUACUUGGUCCUUUGGUGUCCCAGUGUGUUUAUUGUACACGGCCAGAUAUUGUUUGUCAAGACUUUAUAUUGUUCUCACAAUCUAAUGCACAAAAUCAGAGCAUGAUGCUCAGCCUUUGUGUCUAAUAUUACAGCACAACAUGUAAAACACUGCAAGUAAAUAAUUCCAAGCUGUA